AUGUUGGCGUGCGACAUCUGCGGCCGCCAGCACCACCCUCAGCGCUUGCCGUUCCUGUGUCCUGUCGAUGCUCGCAAUCGGUUGUACGAGGGACGACUGGCUCAGGCUCACUUGUUGAUGGACAGUGGCAAGCUCGAGAAUGAGGUGUCUGCGCUCCUCUCUCACCCGGACGCUACGUCUUCGGCCAACCCAACACGGACCCACGCUCCCGAAUGGAUCCGCGCCGAGCAGCGGCUGUCUGAGCAACGCCAGGCGGUUGAGAGGACAAAUGAAAUCAUUGCGCAGGCCGAUCGUCUGAGGCUUGAGAUUGACGCCGCGAAGAAGGAUGUCGAGCGGCGGAAGAAGGCCAUCUCAAGGCGCAAAGACGAUCUGGCCUCGGUCUCACAUGGUGUAGCUGCGAGACGCGUCGACCUCCAGCAGAGUGUGGAGAGGUCGAUCAUGGUGGCCAAGGCGAACUGGGACCUGAACCAUGAAGGCAUCGCGACUCACCGCGCCUUUCUCUGCAUCGAGGCUGCCCGCUUGUAUGGACUGCGACGGCAGAAGAAGGGCGGCUCUGUCAGGUAUGAGAUUGGUGGCGUCGAGAUUGUCGACCUGCACUCGAUGAACAGCGCCUCUCCUGAAGUCAUCUCGACUAGCCUCGCUCACAUGACGCACAUUUUGGUGCUGGCGUCGAGCUACUUGGCAAUCCGACUGCCGGCCGAGAUCACGCUCCCGCAGCGCGACUAUCCCCGGCCGACAAUCUUCUCGCUGGCUUCGUCGUAUUCGCAGCAGCCUAGGGACCCUUCCUUCGGCGUGCUGGCCCUGCAUCCGCAGAUCCCAUCAGAGACUGGAGAUCGCGAGCGUCAACAAGGUCUUCCGCGAGCACGUCCUCUGUACGUCGACAAGCCGUUGUCUGUGCUUGCCAAGGACAGCCCGUCGACGUAUGGUCUGUUCAUCGAGGGCGUCGCGCUCCUUGCCUACAACACCGCCUGGGCGUGUUGCACCCAGGGCGUGCCGAUCGGCGACAGAAGCUCGUCUGAGGACGUGUGCAACAUGGGUCGCAACUUGUACAAUUUGUUGAUUGCGAAUCAGUUGCAUGGCCAGGCCGGACGAGUCUUUCCCGUCUCGUCGGCCUCGCCUGUUCCGAGUGAUGGUGAGAACGACAAGUUUGGUGGUAUUGGUGGUACAACGACAGCAGCGGCCGCGCAGAUGAUGGGUCGGUUCUCUCACGGAACGGCGCACUCGUUUCUUGGUAGUGCCGAGGGCGCAGAGUUCGUUCGCGGCUUCAAGCUGCCAAAUCCGAUAAAGUUGGCGGACAGGCUGAAGAGCAAACUGAGCAGCGAUGCUCCGAAUCCGGACUGGGAGUUGCUGGAAGAUGAUGCGUGGACGGUGACUUGA